AACUUUUCAGAGGUCGCGUAAGUUCGACCAAAACAUUUCGACCUACACAUUUUUCACUAAAAUAAUUUAACAAAUUAUAAAUAAGUUCCGGCCUACUUUAAAUUACUUUAUCUCGUGCUUAUUGCACAGUUGACACAGUCAUAGUUCAUCAAAAAAUACUUUAAGUGUCAUCAAUAUGAAAAAACAAAAUUUAUAAAAAAAUAAUCAUUUACUUUAAUUUCAACCUCCAAAAAUGGAAUCAUUAGAAUCAGCGCUUCCGUACGUAUUAAUUGGCUGCAUUUUUUACGCCUUCGGCUUGAAGUGGUGCUGCGAGUACGCAAAAUUCUGGAUCACCCCGAAGCGCAAUGAGGAAAACGACCCAUCAAAGUCCAGAAGAGUCGCUCGAUACUGUGAAAAACUGUUCUCAGUUCAUCCAAUAGAAGGAAGUCUCAAAUUAAUCGCCACCGCGCUCGGUCUCGUGGGUACAAUGAUCGGCGGUCUUCCUGACAACGAAACAGUAUCUCCAAAAGUUGUCCACGCGACAAUUUAUUUAUUCUUUGCAUUUUCCGGUCUAGUAGACGUCCUGACGUUUUACUUCCCAAGAAAUGUGACCAACAGCCUGGCGCAUUUAGCGCUUGCUCAAAGUUUCUUCGUGGAAGGGUUCCUGUUUGUCUGGGCCAGCGGAGCGACGAAUACUCCCAACAAAAUCCUUGCGGGAGUUGUCUGGAUGACUUCAUUCACUGUCUUGCUGGAAAUAAUCUGGCCAGACAUGAAGAUUCUAAGAGGUUUCACUACUAUUCUUCAUGGAGGAUGGAUCGCUCACAUGGUCAGGACAUAUCCUUUAGAAAUUUUGUCUCCUGAACGAGUAGCUCUGGCAUUUUCUUGGCACAUUGCUACUGCUUUUGCUGUGACGCUUUGCAUUGUUUGUGUCACUCGAGGAUGCAUGCCCAAAUUACCCGAAGAACCGCCGGAAAUUCCUAUUUAUGAUUAUUGUCAUGAACCUCAUCAUGAUAUUUAAAUUUAAAUAUGUUAAAA